AUUUGGUAGCCGCUGCAGUAGGAGGAAGGACCGCGGUUCUACCCCUUCUAUCUUUCAGUUUCGUCUCGAAAUUUAUAUCGGUGGUUCCCUCUGGUAGCGAUCAGUAAACUGAGUGUACAGUAACGGUGUUCUAUGAUAACUAACUCGUAGUAUUAUCAACGGACAGUGAUACCAAUCGCCAUUUUAAUCGCACGUUUUCCCUGACAGAAGCGCUAGCACAACAAUGGCUCUGAAAAGAAUUCACAAGGAGUUGAACGACUUGGCACGGGACCCACCAGCCCAGUGUUCUGCAGGACCAGUAGGAGAUGACAUGUUUCACUGGCAAGCCACAAUAAUGGGACCUAAUGACAGUCCUUACCAGAGCGGGGUUUUCUUCUUGACCAUACACUUCCCCACAGACUACCCCUUCAAACCGCCAAAGGUUGCAUUUACCACAAGAAUCUACCACCCAAAUAUCAACAGCAACGGCAGCAUUUGUCUUGACAUUCUGCGAUCACAGUGGUCUCCGGCUCUCACCAUCUCCAAAGUCCUCCUGUCCAUCUGCUCUCUGCUGUGUGACCCAAACCCGGAUGACCCCUUAGUACCCGAGAUCGCCCGCAUCUACAAGACGGACAGGGAAAAGUACAACAAAAUAGCUCGGGAAUGGACACAAAAGUAUGCAAUGUAGUGUUGGGGGUAGAAUCAUGGCCAACCACCUCUACGAAAUAAGGUUAGGGGAGCUUCAGAUGUAAAGAGAAAACAAACAAAAAACCAUUCAAACAAAUGAAAAGUUUAAAACAAGAUCUUGUUGGUUUCCAUUGGAGUGCUUUCUUUGAGCCACGCCUCCCCUUCACCAGAGUACCUGUAAAACUCCCUCUGCCCCCCCCCCCCCCCCCCCCCCCCCUUCUCUCUC